AUUCUGGGUUUUGAAACCGCAGAAUGAAGGGUAUCGCAUUCUUGUGUAUUAUAUACAUCAGUAGGCUUUGCACAUGUGGAGAAGUAAGGGGUAGGAAUAGCGCUACAAGGAAACAAGGAAGGAAUGGUAAAGGUGUAGAGUCGACUGUAAAUAAAGAUAAUGAUCCGCCUACUGGUGUACCCUCUGAACCUGAUGGUUCUACUCUGGAUCUCGCAGAACCGAAUGAAUCACUCUGUUAUUCCUUCGACUACUCGCUGGACGAUGUGCCUUCCAGGAUGAUUAUACUGCGCGAUGGAGCUUCCGUAACAUCACUUACGGUUGGAAAUACAGAGAUAUGGGCCUCAAGGGACGGAGUUGGGUGCUCCAUAAUCUCUGUACGUCUCAAGGAUGGAGAACCUGUUUUGGUCCAUGUCGUGGUAACUGUCAAUGGAAGCGGUCGUUCUAUGACUAUAUCCAAGAAUAUGAACAAGUGGACAGUUGGUAGGUCGUCUGGAGAGUUUAGAAAUUUGAGAGUUGAAACCGGAUCCUCUAGUCGGUUUGAUAUUGAUCUGAUGCUUAGCGAAGAUAGCACAAACUGUAGAGUAUUUCAAGCUCAAUUGGACGGCAUUCCUACGCGUUUUUAUGCUCCAAAGGCGGGAUUUAACGGCAAAAAAGUAAUUUGCGGGAGGAGUACUAUUUGGCAGUGCGAAUCUACGAAAUGUUGUAGAUGCCGUAAGGAAAAAAAGAGAGCAACGAUAACAAGGGCUCACUUAAAGAAUGAUAGACCAUACCUCGUCCAAAUGACCAUAAAGGACUCCAAAGACUCGGCGGAUUCCUACAAUUUUAUUUAUGAAGAUGGAAACUGGAAAUCCAUUAACAAGAUUACAUUUGAAGUAAAACGCUUGGCUCUGAAGAAGGAAUAUCAAAAGGAACAAAAUACGUCUGACGAAGAUAUUCCAAGUGACGAUUCCAAUGCCUCUACUAGCGAUAUUGAUAUUUAAACAUUUUUCAAUACACAAACUAAAUGCAGUAUCUGGGGAAAUACCAAAGUAAAAUU